AUUUCAUCCAUCAUACCCAGAAUGCAAAGUGAGACACUGAAACCUCAGCAGCCUCAAGCCCUCCAGGUUAUGAUGGCGACAAGAGACACAUCUUCACCUUGAGUCCCUGCAGCAACCAAGGAUUUCUCCCCCCGCUUCAUGAGCACACACACCGAGUCCCGUGCAGAGCGGAGACCUGCCGGAGUUUUAGCCCAGAUUGGAGAAAGGACGUAGCGAGUAACCGUCAUGGCAGCGUCGGAGCUGUACACAAAGUGUGCUCGGGUGUGGAUUCCAGAUGCAGAGGAGGUGUGGAAGUCUGCUGAGCUCACCAAGGACUACAAAAAUGGCGACGCCUCCCUGCAGCUCAUGCUGGAGGAUGGAACGAACAUUGAGCACAAGCUGGACCCCAAGACGAAGAACCUGCCUUACCUGCGAAACCCAGACAUCCUGGUUGGCGAGAAUGACCUCACAGCGCUCAGCUACCUCCACGAGCCGGCCGUGCUGCACAACCUGAAAGUCCGCUUCAUCGACUCUAAGCUCAUCUACACUUACUGUGGAAUCGUUCUGGUGGCCAUCAACCCAUAUGAGACGCUGCCAAUCUACGGGUCAGACAUCAUCAAUGCCUACAGCGGUCAGAACAUGGGAGACAUGGACCCACAUAUUUUUGCUGUGGCAGAGGAGGCUUACAAACAGAUGGCCAGGGACGAGAGGAACCAGUCGAUCAUUGUGAGCGGGGAGUCCGGAGCAGGAAAGACGGUAUCAGCCAAAUACGCCAUGAGAUACUUUGCUACGGUCAGCGGCUCCGCCAGCGAGGCCAACGUGGAGGAGAAAGUCUUGGCUUCCAACCCCAUCAUGGAGGCUAUUGGAAAUGCAAAAACCACCAGAAAUGACAACAGCAGUCGUUUCGGCAAAUACAUUGAGAUCGGCUUCGACAACCGCUACCGCAUCAUCGGUGCCAACAUGAGAACAUAUCUGCUGGAAAAAUCACGAGUGGUCUUUCAGGCGGAUGAGGAGAGGAAUUAUCAUAUCUUCUAUCAGCUCUGUGCAUCAUCCCAUCUGCCUGAGUUCAAGAAUCUGAAGCUGAGCAGUGCAAGCAACUUCCUGUACACGAGGCAGGGCCGCAGCCCCGUUAUCGACGGUGUCGACGACACCAAGGAGCUCUGCACCACUCGCAAUGCCUUCACAUUGCUCGGCAUUAAUGAGUCCUAUCAGAUGGGGUUGUUCCAGGUUUUGGCUGCUAUUCUUCAUCUGGGAAACGUGGAAAUAAAGGACAGAGAUUCAGACAGCAGCCUCAUUCCUCCCAACAAUCGGCACCUGAUGGCAUUCUGUGAGCUGGUAGGCGUGACCUACCAGGACAUGUCUCAGUGGCUGUGCCACAGGAAGCUGAAGACGGCCACAGAGACGUAUAUCAAACCCCUCCCUCGUCUGCAGGCCACCAACGCCCGUGACGCGCUGUCCAAACAUAUCUACGCCAAGCUCUUCAACUGGAUAGUAGAGCACGUCAACAAGGCUCUGAUCACCAAUGUCAAACAGCACUCUUUCAUCGGGGUCCUCGACAUCUAUGGGUUUGAGACAUUUGAGAUCAACAGCUUUGAACAGUUCUGUAUCAACUACGCUAAUGAGAAACUCCAGCAGCAAUUCAACAUGCAUGUGUUCAAGCUGGAGCAGGAAGAGUACAUGAAGGAGCAGAUCCCCUGGACUCUGAUUGACUUCUACGACAAUCAGCCCUGCAUCAACCUCAUAGAAGCCAAGAUGGGAAUUCUGGACCUGUUGGACGAGGAGUGCAAAAUGCCCAAAGGUUCAGAUGAUUCUUGGGCUCAGAAACUGUACAACACCCAUCUGAAGACCUGCUCCCUCUUCGAGAAGCCACGCAUGUCCAACCGCGCCUUCAUCAUCCAACAUUUUGCUGACAAGGUCGAGUAUCAGUGUGAAGGUUUCCUGGAGAAGAACAAGGACACUGUGAAUGAAGAACAGAUCAAUGUGCUGAAGGCCAGCAAGUUUGACCUGCUAGUGGAGCUGUUCCACGAUGAGGAGAAAGCGACCACUCCCACUGGUCAGGUCCCAGGGACUGGGGGCCGGACCCGCCUCAGCAUCAAACCUGACAAGAGCCGAGAAAAAAGCAGCAAGGACCACAAGAAGACAGUCGGCUGCCAGUUUCGUAACUCUCUGCAAAUGCUGAUGGACACUUUGAAUGCAACCACUCCACAUUACGUCCGCUGCAUCAAACCCAAUGACUUUAAGAUGGCCUUCUCGUUUGAUCCUAAACGUGCAGUGCAGCAGCUCAGAGCCUGUGGUGUCCUGGAGACCAUCCGCAUCUCUGCUGCAGGUUUCCCAUCCAGAUGGACGUACCAGGAGUUCUUCAGUCGUUACAGAGUGCUGAUGAAGCAGAAGGACGUGCUUUCUGACAAAAAGUUGACCUGCAAAAACGUUCUGGAGAAACUGGUGCAGGACCAAGAUAAAUACCAGUUUGGUAAGACCAAGAUCUUCUUCAGGGCCGGCCAGGUCGCCUAUCUGGAGAAGUUAAGGGCAGACAAGUUGCGUGCUGCAUGUAUCCGCAUCCAGAAAACCAUCCGCUGCUGGCUGGCACGGAAGAAGUAUCUGCGAAAGCGCAGCGCUGCCAUCACCAUCCAGAGGUUCACCAGAGGAUACCAGGCUCGCUGCCUGGCCAAGUUCCUGCGUCGCACUCAGGCCGCCACCAUCAUCCAGAAGUACCAGAGGAUGUACGUGGAGAAGAAACGCUACAGGCAGAAGCAGGCUGCUGCACUGGCCAUGCAGACAAUCCUCAGAGCUUAUAUGGCCCGGCAGAAGUACCAGGCGCUGCUGCGGGAGCACAAGGCGGUGAUCAUUCAGAAACGCGUUCGUGGCUGGUUGGCUCGGUGCUGGUACAAGCGCUGCCUUGUCUCCAUCGUCUACCUGCAGUGCUGUAUCCGCAGGAUGAGGGCGAGGCGUGAGUUGAAGAAGCUAAAGAUCGAGGCUCGCUCAGUGGAGCACUUCAAGAAGCUCAACAAAGGCAUGGAGAACAAGAUCAUGCAACUGCAGAGGAGGAUCGACGAGCAGAGCAAGGAAAACCGGUCGAUCAACGAGAGGCUCGUUGGCCUGGAGAAUACCUACUCAGCAGAGAGCGAGCGAAUGCGCAACGAGCUGAGCCGACUGCGUGGGGUGGAGGAGGAGGCCAAGAACAAAACCAACCAGGUGACGUCGUUGCUGGAGGAACUGGAGCGGCUGAGGAGGGAGCUGAGUGCCACGCAGCAGGAGAAGAAGACCAUCGAGGACUGGGCGCAGAAAUACAGGGACGAAAUGGAGAAAAUGGUCUCGGAGCUGAAGGACCAGAAUGGCUUGCUGAAGAAAGAGAAGGACGACUUGAACAGGUUGAUUCAGGAACAGAGUCAGCAGAUGACAGAGAAAAUGGCGCGGGUGAUAGCAGAGGAGACUCAGCAGCUGGAGACAGAUCUGAACGAGGAGCGGUCUCGCUACCAGAAUCUCCUGACAGAACACCUUCGCCUCGAGGAGAAAUACGACGACCUGAAGGAGGAGAUGGCUCUUUCCUCGAAUGUCUCCAAGCCUGGUCACAGGAGAACAGAUUCCACUCACAGCAGCAACGAGUCAGAGUACACCUACAACUCAGAGUACGCCGAAUUGGAAGAAGGUUCCCGUACCACCGAAGAUGUGACACGAGGAAUCGACACCUCUCUGACCCUCAAGCUGCAGAAACGUCUCACAGAACUGGAGCAAGAAAAGCAGUCACUGCGCAACGAACUGGAAAACAAAGAGGAGCAGUUCCAGCGGGCUAGAGCCAGGGAUGAUGCAGAGUUUAAAAAGGCUCGUGGGGCAGAGCUGGAGUAUGAGUCGCUCAAGCGUCAGGAGCUGGAGUCAGAGAACAAGAAGCUUAGACAUGACUUGGCAGAGAUGAGGCAAAGCCUGCUGGGUGACGCAGCUACAGGCGCCGGUGCCCCAGGCUCCCCUGCUUACAAGGUGCUGCUGGAUCAGCUCAAUGCCUCCUGUGAGGAGCUGGAGGUUCGCAAGGAGGAGGUGCUGAUCCUGCGCUCCCAGCUGGUGAGCCAGAAGGAAGCCAUGCACCACAAGGAGACCAUGACAGAGCCGUCUGUCUAUGUUGAGGAUGUGUCUAAACUGAAGGAUGCUGAUGAACUCAAACAAGCUUACAUAGGCCUCAAAGACACCAACAGGUUACUGGAGCACCAGCUUCAGACUCAGCGUAGAAGUAACGACAGUGAGGUGGAGGCGUUGCGCGGCGAGCUGCAGAAUGUCAAGGAGGAGAACAAUCGUCAGCAGCAACUCUUGGCCCAAAACCUCCAACUGCCUCCAGAGGCCCGAAUCGAAGCCAGUCUGCAACACGAGAUCACCCGGCUCACGAACGAGAACCUGGAUCUCAUGGAGCAGCUGGAGAAGCAGGACCGAACCAUCCGCAAGCUCAAGAAGCAGCUGAAGGUUUACUCCAAGAGGAUUGGAGAGAUGGGAGCGGGUCAAACCGAGGGCCAGACGUCUCCAGGACAGAUGGUGGACGAGCCGAUCCACCCCGUCAACAUUCCCCGCAGGGAGAAAGACUUCCAGGGAAUGCUGGAGUACAAGAAGGAGGAUGAGCUUAAACUGGUCAAGAACCUCAUCCUGGAACUGAAGCCUCGCGGUGUAGCCGUGAAUCUGAUCCCAGGUCUGCCAGCCUACAUCCUAUUCAUGUGUCUGAGACAUGCCGACUAUGUCAACGAUGACCAGAAGGUCCGCACUCUGCUCACCUCAACCAUCAACAGUAUUAAGAAGAUACUAAAGAAACGAGGAGAUGACUUUGAAACAGUGUCUUUCUGGUUGGCCAACACCUGCCGCUUCUUGCACUGUCUGAAACAGUACAGCGGAGAUGAGGCUUUCAUGAAGCACAACACAUCGAGGCAAAACGAACACUCUCUGUCCAACUUCGACCUGGCAGAGUACAGACAGGUGAUCAGUGACCUGGCCAUCCAGAUCUAUCAGCAGCUGAUCAAAUGCAUGGAGAACAUCCUCCAGCCCAUGAUAGUCUCUGGCAUGCUGGAGCACGAGACCAUCCAGGGCGUUUCUGGGGUGAAGCCCACAGGUCUCCGUAAGCGCACGUCCAGUAUCGCUGACGAGGGAACCUACACCCUGGACUCCAUCCUGCGGCAGCUCAGCGCCUUCCACUCCACCAUGUGUCAGCACGGCACCGACCCCGAGCUCAUCAAGCAGGUGGUGAAGCAGCAGUUCUACAUCAUCGGAGCUGUCACCCUCAACAACCUGCUGCUGCGCAAGGACAUGUGCUCCUGGAGCAAAGGCAUGCAGAUCAGGUACAAUGUGAGCCAGCUGGAGGAGUGGCUCAGAGACAAAGGUCUGAUGACAUGCGGAGCCAAGGAGACCCUGGAGCCUCUGAUCCAGGCCGCUCAGCUGCUGCAGGUGAAGAAAAAGACUGACGAGGACGCUGAGGCCAUCUGCUCCAUGUGCCAGGCCCUCACCACUGCUCAGAUUGUGAAGGUCCUGAACCUCUACACACCAGUCAACGAGUUUGAGGAGAGAGUGUCAGUUGCAUUCAUACGAACCAUACAGACUCGCUUGCGAGACCGUUGUGAGAGUCCCCAGUUGUUGAUGGACACAAAGAUGAUAUAUCCAGUCACCUUCCCGUUCAACCCCUCCUCCCUCGCCCUGGAAACCAUCCAGAUCCCCGGCUCGCUCAACCUGGGGUUCCUCACCCGUGUCUAACCCAAGGCCCUACAGCGCUUUUGGCUUAGUGGUCAUUGUUGGAAUUGCAAGUCACAUGACACCCACUGGCCCCAAAAAGCCCCAUACACAGUCAUCACAAGAGAAAUAAAUACAUUUUUGUGAGCAUCACAAACACUUAAAAUUAGGGUUUGUAUUCACACAAUUUGAGCAAUUAUGCCAAAAUAUUUAUUGAAAAGUCUCCUGUUGGUAUCCAGUCCUCUGAUUUAUCCCUGGUCUAAAUCUGGACACGCACCCCACCACAUGCUGAACUUUCAUCAUGCAUCUGUACAGUACUUACAUCCUCUGAACGUACACAUGCACGCCUACACUUAGGUGCACCCUCUCCGACAAAAACGCACGGAACCCCCAGUCGCUGCCGCUGGUUUAAAUCUGGCUGAAAAACACUUUAAUCCAUCCACUGCUUGUAUAAACGCCUGCCUCUUAGAGAAGCCACAGGACCAGAUCAGUGCAUCCAGUGCUCGCUCUCCAUCAAAACCUGGGUCUGACUUAGUGAUCUCGGCCCUGAUUAGCCCAGCUCCCUCCCCUGUGUUUCAACUAGUGGUUAUGAUAGUCGUUCUUGUCAUCGUCUUGUUCUCUGGCGAGAAUAUACGCACCCAUAGGCGAGAGCAGGCCCCGAAGGAGGUGCUGAGACAAUGAAUAAGUUGGUAACUUGUAGUCUAGCUUGAUACGUUGGGUUUGUACUACAAAGUGAAUUCUGAGUCUUAGUACAAAGCCAGUUGAGUGCUAAUGUUGCUCUCUCCACCCAAUGUUAACGAACCAGGCUUUGUUCUGUAUACUGUCAUUUUACACUUAAACAGUCAAGCCAAGACAGAACUCAUCAUCUGUACUAUAUUAUUUAUACAUAUAUAAAUACAUAUAAAUAUGAAUAAUAUAUAUCAUGUAUUUUAUUUAUUGCAUUAACCUCCGUCCCCACCCUCCCUUUUUAAGAUUAGAAGCUUCCUCCUUGAAGAAAAUGCGUCCGAUAUGAAGGAUGGGACCAUCGUUUCCCAAGAUCAACAGCUUUGUAAAGACCGUUUUAGUUCCGUUGUGGGCUGUUUAUGUCGAUACCAGGUAAAUUAUGUAGGAUAGUUUAAGGAGUGCCAGCACAGAUGAUUAUUCGUUAGGUCACUUAACUUAGAGAUGUUGCUUUGUUGUAAUCGUAAACCUGCAUUUCUGGAAGGAGAAAUGUUGCACAGGUUUUAACUGAGGAGAGAUUUCAAAGGUACGAGGGUAAAACUCUGCUGAGGGUUUAACCUGCUGCAAUCUUUACUGUUUACAGCUGUGAUUAGAGCUGAGCGUCACAAGGACACACGGGCUACAAAGAUAUACACUACAAUACAACACAAAUAUUACACUCUGCUUCCUGCUGUGUCACCGGGGGGUUUUUUCACUCUGAACACUUCCUCCUCUCCUCUUGUCUUCUCUGAUCACAGCUCUAGUCAGAGCUUUGAAAAUGUUUUACUGUUAUCGUUGUGUCAUUAUUUAUUUCAGUAAAAAUUAUUUGUAUCGUAAAGCCAUGUAUCACUGGGCAGAGUGGAGAGAAACGGUUUCACUGAAGGUGGUUUCGGAGAGUUUGCCACAGAUCUGUCCAGCUUUGCAUUAAUUUCUCUGCUGUAGCCUCAAACUAAAACUGACUGCAGACAUGUGGACCGACUCCUCUCUCGUCUCCUGCCUGUCCACCCCUAUGCCUUCCUGCUUAGUGAUCUUCUAUGACCAAAAAUACUGACAUAGUGAGAGAUUUUUUUCUCUUUGCUGCACAGAUUGUUUUGGUUCAGAUAUCUAGACAUAUUUGCUACAUGCUUUUCUAAGGCUGAGGCUAUUGCACUACAUCAGUCAGUACGGCUACAGUGUGGUGUACAGCAUGCACUGCUGCUGCUGCCCCCGUCGAACCUGCAUGGGCUUAACUUUACCAGCUACUAGAAAUUAACCCGCAUGCCACAGCUUUUUGUUUUGUUUUGGGUUUUUUUUUUACAGUAAAGAAACUGUGGUGUAGCUGAGUCAUUGGAUGAGUGUCAGGGAAUCUACUCAUGUUUUUAGAAAAAGUCCUUUGUCUUCAGUAAGAAUUGUCCUGGCUGCCUCGUGUUUAUCACUUUUAGUUUACUUACUUUUUUUUUGCCCUUAACGUUCGUAGUCAACCAAAUUUGCCUCUUGCCCUCAUGUGAACCUUAUUUUGCCUGAAGACCUUAUCCCCUAAUGAUAAAAUGAUUUUCUUUUAAGGUGCUUACAUACGUAGGAGAUUGUUAAAGGUCACCAAAACAGAACUCAGUAUCUUUUUCUUAAUUUAUUUUUUGAAAGCUUAUUCUUAAAUAGAAAUGAGCCUUCAGAAGCAACAAACCAAGUAAAGAUGCAAAGUAUUUGCAGUAUUGAGAGCCAGGGAAAUCUCAGCGACACAGUACGUGCUGAGAAAUAAAGAUGUUUGAUCUGAAGUGACAUAUCUCAGUAAAUGACCACAAACAAGCCACAGAUGAAAACUAACUGUAAGUGGAAUAAAGAGGGUUUAGUAUGUGAAGUUGUUUUGUGUUGCACUUGUCUUUGAAAAUAAUUUGAUAUCCAUAUGUUGGGACCAUUUUAAUCAAUCUGCCUUUUGUUAUAUUUUGUUUGGAUUUCUUGGUAGUUUAACGUUUGGUCUGUGUAAAGAGUACAUAUCUGAAGAGAGAGACGGUAAUUGAAGGAAUGAAUUAACCAUAUGAAUGUUAAAUAAUGUUAAAUGAAGUGUAUCAUGAUUUUAGCUGCACAUUGUGGACAAAGCCUUAUCUGAAUUAUUUGCUAUCUGAAUGACUUACACACAUUAUCAACAUUGUGGCAUUGUUUUUUUUCUGUCAGUGCAGUAUUUUUUUUUCCACUGUAAGAUGAAUAUAAACUGUUAGAUGUGAGCAUUUUUAUUUGAUGAGGUGUCCUGUUGUCCUACAGUUGGUGUCACAGAUGGGUUGCUAUCAAAAUGCACUUUCUAAUCAUUGCAGAGGAAGUCGGAUAAAUAACAGAUGGAUAUGGACUGUAAAAAGAAAUACUUCACACUUAAGAGCCUCUUUUUGUUUUUCUUUUGAUUUCCAUCUUCUUACACAACUCUGGCCCCUGAAGCUUCUUCUACCACAUUCCCCCUAUAAUUGGAUGCUUCCUAUUCUUAAUUAGAAAGCUUUUUUUCUUGCUGUUUUAUUAAAAUUAUCAAUGAAUCCAAACCACAGGUAAGAAGACGCACUCUUGUAAGUUUCGUGGCUGCAGCACCAGCCUUCACAGACUCAGACUAUCCCUGUGGAUUGACGUAUUGAGAGCGUAGAAUGGGAAGGCUGGCCUAGUUUCAGAGGAGAAAAAACACACGUUCAUUCAUCGGUUUGUAUUGUUGAGCAGAGCUGCGGCGUCUUGCUCCCCUGGGCUUCUCUUGGCCUCUCAGACAGGAGAAAAUGUCAUUUCCUUCACUCUGCAUUUUUACAUCAAGGAGAGAGUUGGUUGUAUGAUAUGACGUAGACAUUAUAAAUUACCAUUGUUCUUAUCAGCACUAGCGUUGAUUGUGCCAUUUUAAAAAAAUAAAAAUUGUGAAAAACAGAAAUAUAUCAUCACCCCAGCUGUUGUGGUACUGGUAUGAACAUGCUGAAGCCAGCACUGAAAUGUUUCCUCUCUAAACCCAUGUGUACAUUUGACAAACUGGACUGUUUGUAGUUUCUGGUAGCUGUGCUUAGUGAAUGUGUUCACCGUUAAGAAAUUAAGAAACUUGGAAUAAAUUGUCAAAUCUGUAAAAGUAAAUAAAAGAAUUCAGCACUGUCA